AGCAGUGCGGUUCCUCAGAGGGCGCUCUUCUCCGCCCUCCCCGGCCAUUCUCGGGCCCGAGGGGGCUUUGGGAGGCGCCCUGGAGGCCCGCAAACAGGGCGCCCCCCUCCUCCGCCUCCCCCUUGCAUAGGGCGCGCCAUUGAAAUCUCCCGCGAGGGGCCCUUCCCGGUUCCACAGCGCCGCCACAGCCCCGCAGCCGCCUGGAGCUCCGUCAGGGGAAGCGGGACCCGCUGCUGUGGCGCCUCUGUGUCCCUUGUGGCGAGCAAGGGAGCUCCGCGAAGGGCCUUCGAAAAGCACAACUCGGAGCGGGCCCCUUUGGCUCUUGUUGUUGUUCCCAACACGGUCCGCUGGAGGAGUAUAUAAAGAGCUGCGGCAGCGCGCGCUCCCUCAGAACGCUGUUUGCGAGCGAAGAGGAAGGUUGUGGAAGGCUGAGACAGAGAGAGGCUGCAUCUGAGACUUUGUCGCAUUCCUCUCCUAUUUUCGGCCAUGUCUGUGGAACUGGAAGAAGCCGACUUGCCCUUAACGGAGGCCGAGGAGGCGCCCUUGGCUCCCGAGAAGAAAGGCGCCGCCAAGAAGGCGAAAGCGGGCCUUGGGGGCGCCUCGGCCUUGUCUCCCUCGAAGAAGAAGAAGAACAGCAAGAAGAAGAACCAGCCCGGGAAGUACAGCCAGCUGGUGGUGGAGUCCAUCCGGGCGCUGGGCGAGCGCAACGGCUCCUCGCUGGCCAAGAUCUACAACGAGGCCAAGAAGGUGCCUUGGUUCGACCAGCAGAACGGCCGCACUUACCUCAAGUACUCCAUCAAGGCCCUGGUGCAGAACGACACCCUCCUCCAGGUCAAAGGCACCGGCGCCAACGGCUCCUUCAAGCUCAACCGAAAGAAGCUCGAAGGAGGAGCGGGGGAAGGAGGAGGAGGAGGCGCCGCCAUAGCCUCCCACGCUAAGCCCCACAAAAAGGCGGUGGCAGUAGCGGCGACCCCAAAGAAAGUGGAGAAGAAGCCCAAGGCGCUGGAGAAGAAGUCGUCGCACAAGAAGGGCGCCUCGCCGUCCCCAGCCGCCAAGAAGGAGAAAAGCAAGGCCAAGGAGAAAAGCAAGGCCAAGAAGAGCGGCGCCCCUUCGCCUUCCUCAGCGGCCGCUUCUUCCUCGCCUGGCGCCAAGAAGGCCAAAAAGGCCGCCAAGCCCAAGCCCCUCAAGAGUAGGAAGUGAGCCGCGGAGGGAGGAGCAGGACUCAAGGGAAGGAGAGACGGAGAAAGAGAGGCCUUGCUCAUCCUCCUCCUUUCCUAGGACUCAGAUCCCAGACUGCGCUCGAAGCACAGAGCCACCUUUUCCUCGCUUCGGUUGCGGCGGGCGCAAGGAACACUUUCCCUCCAUCUUUUUUUUUGUAUAUUUCUUUUUUUGUCGUCAGAGUUGUUUUUUCACCCCCUCUUGCUCGUGUUAUACGGUUCUGGAAGACUCGUUUUUUUGUGUGUGGGGGCGGGGGUGCUAUUUCGCUUGCGGUUUUUUUGUGGAUUUAUUCAGUCGCGUAUCUGAGCCUCGGUCCAUGUAUUGCAGGCAUGGGCAAACUCGGGCCCAGCCUCCGGGCGUUUUGGCCUUCAACUCGCACCAUUCCUAACAGCCUCAGGCCCCUUCCUUUUUCCCCUCAGCCGCUUAGCUGAGGGGGAAAAGGAAGGGUCCUGAGGCUGUUAGGAAUGGUGCGAGUUGAAGCCCAAAGGGCCCAAAUUUCCUCAUACCUGAUGUAUUGGCUUCUAUUUGCUCUGAGGGGAGUGGGGGGGGGGGCUGUCUUUGAGUGAGCUUCCUGCAGCUGAGGGGGCGCCUCGUAGUCGCCAUGGCAACGGCCCCAAAGCAGCUUGGCCUCCCCCGCCCCUUUUUUUGUUUCUAAAGGGACCUAGUCGGAGAGGGAGACGCCCCCCUUUGCCUCCAUCUUGUACUGUACUGCCUUUUUCCAGUUCUUGUCUUCAGUUGCCUUUUUUUUGUAUUGUGUUUUCUUUUGUGAGAGGGUUGUUUUUUUUUUUGGUCAAUAAAUCGUAUUAAAUUCUUUUUUCAUUCA